ACAAUCCGACGUAAAUAACCUUUAGCUUGUAAACAAAAUGCAGACAGUGAGCACACUUGCUGACUUAGCUCGUUAAAAGGGUCACGUGUCCACCAUGGCAAGUUCAACAAUUGCAGCUUGCAAGUGCUCUACCAACUGAUCCAAAUUUUUACCCUAAAAAUUGUGAACCAGUGAAGUCAUUCACUAUCACUUGCUGACAAAAGAAGAGUUUAGCCAACCUAAAACCAUGAAGUUACCAACAAUUGCUGCAAUAAGUUUGAGCUUUGGCUGUUUAUUGGGGCUUCCCAUGCAGGCAAAAAGUGAUGGUGUGCUGGCAGCAGAUGCACCUGACUUGAAGCACUGCUCAGAUGUCAGUGGGUUGAUAGUUCAGCCAGGCAUGAGCUACACUCCUGGUCCUGACUACUGCACUGUAUGCAAGUGUGAAGAUGGCAGUCCUAAAUUUUGCCGAGCUGUUCUUUGCCAACCUCGUCCUGACUGUACUUCCUUCCGAGUUGGCACAACUUGCUGCGACUUCAUCUGCCUGGACGACAUGCUGCCAAACCGACCUGGUCUCAACCCUAUAGGCAGACUUCCUGAUGGCACUCAUUAUCCUUCCGGAGGAAAUGGCAUCAUCCCGCACAUACAUGAGAAUGGCGAGAACAGUCUGGGCAUGAGACUUGCCGCAGCUAUUCUUACGGCACUCAUGGCGUUUGUGCUUCUGCUUUUCUUGGUUCAUAGGCUCAGGCAACGUCGCAUUACAGCUCAGCAAUACGUGAAUGCUCAAGAUGUUGCCUGCUGUCACCCUGCUGCCUACUGGCACAACAACGAUCAGGCUCAUCUGUUCCUUCAGUCACCACACUGGAAACCUCCCUCCUGUAUUAUUGACGCGCCUCCUCCAUAUACUGAGGCAGAUGCACAGCGAGCUGCCAGAUCUGCUGCUUUUGCACCUGGGGCUCUAUCAUCGGUGCCUUCGUCAGCCCCUCCUUCAUACUCUGGUCCAGCUCCUCCAAAUCUUCAACUGCUCAACGAUAACCGUGCUGUAAACCCUGUAAGUUCUGCCACUGCGUUUUCUGUGAACUCUUUGAACCGUCGGGUCGACGCAGUGUCUCGAGACUCGCCCUCAGCCCUUGCUACGCGUCGAGACUCAGAGGGCGGCGCGGGAGGGAGCGGUUUACCUCCUGCCAGUCUGGGGCCUCUGGCCGUGCAACUUCUUCCUGCCGCCGCCAAUUCUGCCGAGCUCAGGGAACAAAUUCAAAGACAACGUCGAAACCUCACUGAUCACAGCACCAGAUCUCUGCCUCGACACCACAAACCUCCGGACGCUGGAGGAGUUCAGCUGUCAGUGGCACCUGAUCAUUCAGGGAGCAAAGGUGUCCGCACUACGCUUACUCGACCAUCCACAGAGAAUGAUCAGGUCAUUCAAAACUCCAAGUCAACAGUGUUAAAUACUGAGAACCUUACCUUGCCCCGUAGUUCCGUCGCGUGCGGCGUUGUGGCGACUAUUGACAACCAGAGUAUUACGGGAGAAGUGGUUGAGGUAGAUUUGGUUCGUGGUAGUGCAUCGAAUCAAGACGAAGGAUUGGAUUUGUCUUCAGCCAAUUCUAAUAUUGGCAAUGAAGAACAUGCGGAUGAAGAUGAGAAUGAACAAAAUAAAUUGAGCGUCCGAAAGUCUGUCCUGAAGUUUGAAGCCGCAACUGCCGCCCGGGAGACACCAGACUCCAGCUGCGUUAGGAGCUCGUCUCCUGCCGCCCCUCCUUCACCUUCCCGCGCCGCAGCUUCUUCGUUUGCUCCGCGGGAUGCUCCUCAAAAAUGUUCUCCCUGUAGCAUGCGGGGCAACGUCACAAACAAGCCUAUUUUGGCACGAUGCCAUCAGGCUGAGUCUAAGCAAAAUAAUCACAAAUAUCCCCCGUGUUCACCAUCCUCAGUUCAACACGAAUCGUUCACGUUCCUCGGUGGUCCACAUCAGCCAACAUUUAACGCAGCUGGCGAUGUUAAUCCUGCGGAUGUUUCGUUUUCUGAUAAUUCCUUUGAUGGUUAUGACUGCGAUCACGCGGAAGCACCUCGACUGUAUCCAUGCUACAGCGGGUUACACGUGUGCUCGCGUCAGCCUUUGCUGCCACAAGACCAACUCCCUGCAUCUCCUGAUGUGCUAGGCAAGCUGUCUCGUCGCAGGCGGAAUUCCGUUGACCGAAACGGUGCCGCGUGCGAAGAAAGAGUUUUCUCAUCUUCUAAUGGCAACGGUUCAGUAACAAUCCAUUACACAACCCAGCCCAACUUUAACAAGAGUAAGAAUCAACUCCAUGAACUGCACGUGGAUGGAGUUUCGGAUUCGGAAGUGACUUUCAGAGCCGAGCAGAUUGACCGUCACGGCGCUGAUUGUGAUCAACAUGGUGAACCCUCUGAGCGCAAAAGCGCUACCGUUCGUGCCGUCGGUGACAGCAAAUCAGUGACCGUCAACUGCGCUAGUGGUGCUAGAAAUAAAAUGUAAGGCUGAUACUUCUAAUAUGAUUGAAACAACGGCUAAUAUUGUGUCGAAUGGCGUAAAAUAUCUUUAGGUAUUUAUAGCUACUAAGCUUGUAAAGAAUACGUAAUGUAAUUAUGAACGGCGGAUAGGUGAGGGAAAUGAAUUAUAUACAUAUAGAAAGGAUAGCUGUAUAGUCAAUGAAAAGUCUGUUCCAUAACAUUCACUUAAGCCUCG